GGUCCACGUGUAUGCAUCCUUCAGAUGUGAUAUAAAAACCUCGGUAGCUCAGCACUCUGCAGUCGGACUCGUCAACAGGAUUACCGGAGAUGUUGAAGUUUGCGGUGACCGUAAGCGCUUUGGUGGCCGUCGCCUGGUCACGUGCCAUGGCUCCCGACGGCCUCCACCCGACAUCGGAUGAGAUGAUCGAUUUCAUCAACAACCUCAACACGACUUGGACGGCUGGUCGCAAUUUCGACAAGUCCAUCAGUCUGGAAUAUCUCCGAGGUCUGAUGGGCGUCCACCCGAUGUCGCUCAUGCACCGUCUGCCGACAAUCGAGCACGACGUCAACCCGGAUGACCUUCCCGAUAGCUUCGACGCCCGCAAGGAAUGGAGUCACUGUCAUUCCAUCGGAGUCAUCAGGGACCAAGGUUCUUGUACAACUGACUGGGCGUUCGGACCAGUGGGAGCCAUAUCGGACCGCAUCUGCAUUCACAGCCACGGGAAGAUCCAAGUGAACAUUUCAGCGGACGAUGCGUUCGAGUGCUGCAUGACGUGCGGCGAUGGGUGCACUAGCGGUUACCCUGGUAAAGUCUGGGUGUACUGGAAACUUUCCGGUCUUGUGACUGGCGGCCUCUAUGGCACCGCGGACGGCUGCAUGCCCUACCCAAUCCCUCCCUGCGAACACUAUGUCAAGGGCAAGCGACCAGCUUGUACGGCACCGGUCGUUGCUCCGGGGUGCCCACCGAAAUGCCGCGAUGGGUACCACAAGACCUACGAAGAGGACAAACAUUAUGGUGAAACAGUUUACCUCCUUGAAUCAGACGAAGAUCAGAUGAGGGCAGAGAUCUACAAAAACGGACCCGUGCAAGCUAGUUUCAGCGUCUAUUCAGACUUCUUGAACUACAAAUCUGGUGUGUACCAACACCACAGUGGCAAAUCCCUUGGCGACCAUGCAAUUAAAAUCCUGGGAUGGGGCACAGAAAAGGGUGUGCCCUACUGGCUGGCCGCCAACUCGUGGAACACCGACUGGGGAGACAACGGCUACUUCAAGAUCCUGCGGGGCUCCGACGAAUGCGGAAUUAAAGAGAACGUCUAUGGUGGAAUCCCGAAGAGCAAAUAAACCACUCGUGUAUGUCUAGCUUUAUCAUGAAGACCCGUGACAUGUUGCUAUAACAUUAAGCACGAGUCAUCACGAUGCAAGCAUGUGUGAGCGUGUGUGAACACAGCCGUACAUAGACAUAAUACUGGUGCGACAAUAUUAGAGGAAAAAAUAAAACAAUUUUAUUAUUGAA